AUGGGCAAGAGCAGCAAAAUGCUACAGCACAUUGGGUAUAGAAUGAGAUGUAUCCUGCAAGAUGGUCGAAUCUUCAUUGGCACCAUUAAGGCUUUUGACAAGUAUAUGAACUUGAUCCUCUGUGACUGUGAUGAGUUCAAGAAGAUCAAGCCAAAGAAUGUGAAGCAGCCAGGGCAUGAAGAAAAACAGGUUUUGGGUCUGGUGUUGCUGUGUGAGGUGAACUUGGUUUCCAUGACUGUGAAGAGACCACUCCCCAAAGAUACUGGCAUUGCUCGGGUACCACUUGCUGGAACUGCAGGAGACACUGGAGUUGGGAGCGAGCCUGGCAUAGGAGUACCACCUGGUGUCCCAAUUCCCCAGGUGCCUGCUGCAGUAGCAGGCCCUGUCCGAGAGGUUGGGGGACCAUCCGAAUAGGUUAUGACUCCCAGAAGAGGCAUUGUAGCAGCUACAGCAGUUGCUGCUACUGCCAGCAUUGCUGGAGUUCCAACACAGUACCCACCAGGUUGGGGAAUCCCAUCCCCACCUGUGGGCAGAGCAACCCUACCUCCAGGCAUUAUGGCUCCUCCACAUGGUAUGAGACCACCCAUGGGCCCACCAAUUGGGCUUCCCCUACUCAAGGGAUGCCAAUAGGCAUGAAUGAGACCCCCUCUACCAGGAAUUUGAGGUCCACUUCCCCCAGGAGUACA